AUGCCAAAGAAGAACCGCCGCAACGCCGGAGCUAGGGAUGAGGAGCGCCUACGCGGCUACGAGCUUCCAUGGCCUACCUCAGCGCGCUGGAACCCACGCUACGAUGUCCCCCGCAACUCGGUCGAGGGCGGUUCUGAAUCGACCUCGCAUGACUCCAAACUCGAGAAUGAUACCGCGCCACGGGCAGCUUUUAAGCUCCGCGAGGAGGCGCGGUCCAUGUCGUAUGGCCGAAAUAGGCGCGACAUGGACACCAGUGGAACUGGAGUUGGGAAAGGCGGGCUGGAUGGUGAGGAGGAGGAGGAGUUCUCCAAUAUGCGCCACUGGCUUGAGACGCUGUCAGAACUCUACAUGAACGAACUCGACAAUCGCGCGCGAUGGGAUCCGCGCUGGCUCAACGUCACACGCCGCGAACGUUUUGAAGGCCUCGAGUCUGCUUCUAUUUCUGUCGUCGACUACCUCGCCGACGACACUGUCCAACGGAGCGAGCCCAUCACGAACAAAAAUGACUUUGCCAUGACGCUUGAGGGCCGCCCAGCGAACUCAGUAGUGCGGGUGGUCAUGGUCAGCGACCUGAGCCGCUUCGUCAUGGGCGCUCUGGGCCAGAUGUACUCUAUUGACCCAGAGUUCUGGUUUGAGCAUCUGAUCAAUUCGAGUUACGGCGCCAGCGACAGCGGCCUGAAGCUCAAAAAUGCCGUCUGGCUGAACUGGGUUGAGCGAGAGACUCGGUUCCGCCAUCGCGCCCUACCAGGUGUCGGCCAGCGCACUGAGUGGAACCUACCCCGGCGGACUCAGUCUCGCAAUUGGGCGCAUAUGCGCUGGGGCCGACUUGGCCUCCUCCACUACUUGGGCCGGAAGGGCUUCUACGAGGAUGAGAUUGAGAAGCGGAUUGCUGACGGGCGGUGGACCAUGGAACGAGACGUUGUCCUGGACAAGCGUGGUCUUUUGAUGACGCAAAAGAGACAAGCGGCUACGGAUAAGAAGGCAAGGAAAAAGGAUAAGAAGGAGAAAAGGAAGAAGAACAGUCGCGCGACUGAAGAGGCUAAUGCCGAUGGCACGUCGACGAGGUCCAAGACGUCCAAUAUUUACCGAGCCUACAGCACUUUCCAGAGUUUGCCUCGAAAUCCCUCCUGGUGGACCAAUCGCGAUUUGAGAGUCAUGGCUCCCGAAGGAAUGAGUUAUUGGUCGAGUAUUAACGAAGAGGGCAAAAAGACAAUCAUUCUAUUGUUCGACCCGACACGGCGGAUGAGAAACGGAACUACGAAAGAAGAGACGCCAUCGCUCACAUUCAUGCCCCGCGCCAUGGAAUUUGAGUCGUACACCGACGAAGAGCUCUGGCGUACCCCGGAUUUCGACGAGACUUACCUCGACCCACCGCCACCCCCUCUCUCCAAGGACGAGCUGCGGCAGAAGAAGAAGGAAGCCAGAAGGGAGCGCCUCAAGGAAAAGAAGGCGAAGUUGAGGAGAAGGUUGGCGCGCCGCGACAGUGACGACCCUAAUGAAGGAGAGUCAGAGGAGGCGUCGAAUGGCUACGAGUCCGAGUCUUCCUACACCAGCGACUCCGAAUACGACGAGGAGUAUCAGAAGAAGCUGCGCUUAAACUACAACUCCCCUCUGCCGUAUGUUCGACAUCGCGACUUUGCUCGGAAAUACUCCCUUUCUACCUUCGACCUCGUCUACCGCUACAUCAGCAGGAUUCCGACCAGUCAAUUGUGCGAGGAUGAUUCGGCCAUCCCUUCGAUCCUCACCCGCGUUUCCCUCGACGACCAUUGGCAGCUCCUCACUGAGCUGCGGCAAGUCAUCGAUCAGGUCGAUGCCGACUUGGGUGCUGACCUUCACGUCCACCUCGUCGAGUCGUAUGGAGUCAUGACCCGGCAGAAUGUCGCCUGGAUCAGAUCUACGCUCCAGGAGCUUCUGGAGUGGGUUGGCCAUAGCCAAACUCACUCGAAGCGGCUUUCUCGGCCAGAAGAAGUGGAUGAAGAGCUAGAGGCGCUCGCAGAAGACUUGCGCUCGCUCCAAGCCCGUGCGGAUCAGACCCUCAACUUCCUCGUUGCGUCCACCGGCAUCUCGCAAUCGUCCCUGGUCAUCGAUCAAACCUCUGGCAUCAACAAAAUCACGGAACUUGCGUUCUUUUUUGUCCCGCUUUCCUUCAUCACAUCUGUCUUCUCAAUGCAAGUGCUCGAACUGACUGACGCGCCACCUCAUAUGUGGACCUGGGGAGUGGCAUUGGCUGUGGCUUUCUUGGCGACCUACAUCAUACGCUCUAUUUUGAGAUCUCCCUCGGUCCGGAUUUUCGCCAUGCACUGCCGCGUGCUCAUGCUGAAUCGGUUCACAACGUCUCAAGCCCGCUCACCAUCACGGCGGCUCAAUUCCGUUGGCAACCGCGCUAUUAUACAGUUUAUCUGGUUCUUCACCUUGCUCAUCAGCUCCUCCCUUUCUCUUAUUCUACUGUUCUAUAUCGCUUCGUUUAUGGUAUACCUGGGAAUCUGGCUGGGCGUAUGGGGCACAGCCCUUUACUUCAUCAUCAUGCGAUGGCCCGAGCCGGGCGUGCUCGCACCCUGCAUUAUCUCCAUUCUAUUAGCAGCAGGUGGCAUGGCGUUGACAUGGUACUGGGCUGAGGAUAUAAAUGACAAGGCUGAGGCUUGGGUUUAUCGGGGCCUUCGUUGGAUAACACAGAUACUGCCGACGCGCUGGGUGUCUGCGGCAGUUGACGACGAUGAUCUGGCUACAGAAGGAGUGCAGACGUAUGCAGAUCAGAGGAUUCUGCUUGCAACUGCUUGA